AUGGAACAUUUAGUGUUUCUAGAACAAAUACAAUUGAAGGUUUUCUUGAGUGAAAGUUGCUCAAAAGGUGUAGAUAGAAAGACAGAAGAAUACAAGUAUUUAUAUACAGUAUAUUAUACCAAUAAAUUACUGCUUUAA